CAGGAAGGCUGGCAAGAGGAGGGCUGGAGCUGCCACAGGGGGCCAUGGAGGCUGCAGGAGAGCUUGUGCUCUACCAGAAGCUGAAGUUCUGGGAGCCAAGAAUGGAGUGGGAAGAAGAGGAAGAAGAAGGCAAAGAAGAGACCUUAGAGCCACUGAUCAUCUAUGCCAGCAGGCCUCAAGUCAGCCCUUGGAACAAGGCUGGCGGGCUGCCCGGAGCCUGGGCCCGACUGGUGGCAGCCCUGCUGCUGCUGGCCAUGGGGUGCUCCCUGGCUGUGAGACAGUUCCAAGGCAAGAGCAGCUCAGCAGGAAGCUUGGGCUCUGGGGCCCCUCCAGCCAGCAGACACUCCCAUCACGCUGGCGAGUACCACCAUGGUGCCAUCAUCAGCCCGGCAGUCACUUGCUCCCACCUGGGUCAACAGCUGCUUGUCGAUGGGGGCAACAUCGUGGACGCCGGAGUUGCAGCUGCCUUGUGCCUGGUUGUAGUGCAUCCUCAUGCCACAGGACUAGGUGCCAUGUUCUGGGGCCUUUUCUAUAACAGCUCCUCAGGAAACUCAACUGCCCUGACCCCAGGAGCAGCCCAGCCACUGGCACCUGGACUGGGGCUGCCCACUGCUCUGCCCGCCCUGCGUUUGCUUCAUGCCCACUUUGGCCACCUGCCCUGGCCACGCCUGCUCAUGGAUCCUGCCAUGCUGGCUCAGGAGGGCUUCAUUGUGGACGCAGCCCUGGCAAAGGCUCUGGCAGCCCAGGGCACAAAGGGUCUCUGCCCAUUAUUCUGCCAUGCUGAUGGGACACUCCUGGGCCUUGGGGCCCAAGCCUCCAACCCAAAACUAGCAGCUGUGCUGCACAGGGCAGCUCUUGCCUCCACUCCAGACCUUGCUGGGGAUGCCCUCCUGAGUCUGCUGGCCAGAGACCUGGGGCUGAAAGAACCUACAGCUGGGCCCACACCCACCUUGGAGCCAGCACUGCAGCUUGCCACGCCCAAGGGCAUCCUGUUCACUACGCCUGCACCUUCAGCGGGCCCAGAGCUCCUGGCACUGUUGAAGGCAGCCCCACACCCCAGCAAGCCCAGCCCCAGCCCCUGCCCACAGCUCUCACAAACUGCUGGGUCCCCUGUGAGCAGCAUCUUGGCAACCGUGGACAGCAGCGGCUCUGUGCUCCUCCUCACCUCCUCGCUCAACAGCUCCUUUGGCUCUGGACAACUGUCCCCAAGCACUGGUGUUCUGCUCAGCAACCUGGUAUCCAGGUCUGCAACAAGUCCCUGGGCCAGCCCCCUCAUUCUCCGUGGCAGUCUGGAUGACCCAGAGACUGAUGUGCUAGGACUGGUGGCAUCAGGGAUCCCCAAGGCAUCCACGGCCGUAGCUCAUGCCUUGCUCAGCCAUCUGGCAGGACCCAAAACACAGACCCAUCAUCGGCACCAGGACCAACAAAGACCAACAGAGAAACCCAGCAUUUGUGACCAGGGGACCCUACUCCAAGUGGCAGCCUAUGCAGAACAUGCCCAUGUCUCCAGUGUCCCGAGUGGCUGCUGCCCCUUCCAGGGCUUCUAACGGCAGGGCAGGGGUCUAGCACAAUCAGAGCUGUCUCAAGCCAGAGCAGACCCAGCAGCAGCAGAGUGUAUAAAGAGGGUACAACUGCUGCAUACUUGUGGCUGGCCCAGUCCCAGCUUCUGGCCAGGUCAAUUACCCGUCUUUGCAGGAACAAGGGCUGAACCAAGGACCUGGGCUUAAAUUCCCUGCCUCCCAGGCUAGCUCAGUCAUUCCUCACAACAUCUCCACCUGGUGGGAUUCCUGGCCCUUCUAUCAGCUAAGGAACUUGAAGGUAAUAAAGAGCAAUUGGGCCUGGGGCUGGUUCUGACCAACUCCAGGAAGGACUGGUGGAAGAACAUUCUAAGAGACAGAGUGGGCAGUGCCCGGGUUACCGCUGGCCUCUCCAUCUUCCUUUCUAGGCCAUUCUUUGCCAAUCUCCCUCAACAGGGAACAAAUAAAAUGCAAG